GUUCUGGUUCCGGACCAGUGACCACCACCACAUACUUUUUUGUCCGCUUCAUUAAAGACGUCCACUAAAGGCCAUUAUGAGUAACCGAACUUCACCUUGACCACGAGAUUUUCCUUCGAUUUUUGCUAAUAUUUAAGAAAUUCUUUUACACUUCGGAAAAGGGUAUUGAAGGAAAUCACGUUUUUGGUCUUUUCUACUUGCCUUCUUUGUGAAAUAAUCGUUUCUUUGAAGAACGAACCGAUACUUUUCCACCUACAUAAGCAAUUCAGCACACCUAGAACCUUCAUUGAGUUUUUAUUUGUGCGUGUCUUCUCUUUCAGCAUCCAGCCGAGAAAACAGAAAUGAAGCAUUGGGGUCUGGUUUUCUUUGUUUUUCUUCUCGUUCAAAAACAGGGGAUUUUUCUCCCAGUUGAAGCAGAUGAUGGGUUCAUAACUACGAAAGGAGUGCAAUUUAUGUUGAAUGGUAGUCCAUUUUAUGCAAAUGGAUUCAAUGCUUACUGGCUUAUGUAUUUUGCAACUGACCCUUCUACUAGAAACAAAGUCUCCUCUGUUUUUCAAGAAGCUAGAGACCAUGGCCUUACACUAGCAAGAACUUGGGCUUUCAACGAUGCUCAAGAUAGAGCUCUUCAGUACUCUCCUGGCUCUUACAGUGAACAGACCUUCCAGGGAUUGGAUUUUGUGAUAUCUGAAGCUAAGAAAUAUGGGAUUAAACUAGUGUUGAGUAUGGUGAACAACUAUGACAGCUUUGGAGGAAAAAAGCAGUACGUGAACUGGGCAAGGAGUGAGGGGCAGUCUGUAUCAUCUGAUGAUGAUUUCUUUACAAACUCUGUAGUCAAAAGCUACUACAAAAAUCAUAUCAAGACUGUUCUUACAAGGCGUAAUACAAUAACUGGAGUUGCUUACAAAGAUGAACCAACAAUAAUGGCUUGGGAGCUUAUGAAUGAACCCAGAUGCACCUCAGACCCAUCAGGAAGAACCAUUCAGGCUUGGAUUACAGAGAUGGCUGCUUACUUGAAAUCCAUAGAUAGCAACCACUUAUUAGAAGCAGGCUUGGAAGGGUUCUAUGGGCAAGGAUCAUCUCAGAAACAACAAUACAAUCCAAAUUUUCAAAUAGGGACAGAUUUCAUUGCAAACAAUCAGAUCCCAGGCAUCGAUUUUGCAACAGUUCACUCUUAUCCUGAUCAAUGGCUGCCUAGUUCAGAUAGUGAAAGCCAGGAGUCAUUUUUAAAUAAUUGGCUGAACAAUCACAUCCAGGAUGCGCAGAACAUCCUUCGAAAGCCGGUCCUCUUUGCUGAGUUUGGAAAAUCAUCUAAAACCUCCUCUUACAACCAAAGAGACCAGCUGUUCAACACAGUCUACUCAGCAAUAUAUUCGUCGGCUAGCGGUGGAGGUGCAGCUGCAGGUGGCAUGUUCUGGCAACUUUUCACCGAAGGAAUGGACUCAUUUCGAGAUGGUUAUGAGGUAGUCUUCAGUGAGAAUCCAUCAACAGCUGGUAUUAUCGUUGAUCAGUCUCAAAAACUUAACAAGAUCCGAAAGAUGUAUGCGAGACUUAGAAACAUCGAGAAGUGGAAUAAAGCACGGGGAGAUUAGAACUAGAAGAAGCUCUCUGUGGUGAACUUAAAAAAUCUGAGUGAAGCAGACAAGAAGCUAGGCCUAGGAACAUAAUAUAAUUAUCAUAAUACUACUUUGAAUGCUCAAUCAAUUAACAAAGUUUCAAGAGUGUAAUUUCCACUCUGUUGUUUUUCUCCUUUCUGUUAAUUCCAAGCAGUAAGAUGAUAUUCAAUUGUCUGAUA